AUGCCUGUCCUCUGCAAGGAGAUUGCUGUCCUAUUGGGGAAGGACGCAAUCCCUCCAGCCGAGAUGGUGUCGGGGUUUUACAACCCUUACUUCAUUGAGCCAAACAUAAAAUCUGAUGAGUGGAUGCACCUGUCGCCUAUUUAUACCCGUAUGCACGGGGGUGGCUCAGUAAAAAUAAAUAAAAAUGAUGAUUUGAUUUCUUUUUGUGCAUGUUGUUAUAUCACCAGUUUUAAAUACAUAACAUACUUUGUUCUUUCUCUAUUUUCUCUCUCUGUCUGUGUCUUCUCAGCUUCACGAUUUCCAAGUCCUAGGCUCACAAAUCGCCCCAGCAGAAAACGACACCUUCCCAGCUCCCCUUCCCUGUCUGACCCCAGUUUUGACCUGCAGGCCAUGAUUCGCACCUCGCCCAACUCUCUAGUCACUAUACUUAAUAAUUCCCGUUCCAGCUCAUCCACCAGUGGAUCCUAUGGACACCUCUCAGCUGGUACUAUCAGGUAUGUGGCACUGCAAAUGCAUCAGCAUCUGAUCAAUCGGCAACCGGGCAUCGUAGGUUCUGCGUUUGGACACAGUCCACCCCUUGUGCACCCAUCUCCUGCCUUUGCCACCCAGAGACCAGUUCCUGGCAUUCCUCCCUCCAGCUUGCCACCUACAGAACGUUCCACAGCCUCAAAUGACUCACAGAGUAAACCCACCAGUGAGUCGGCUGUAAGUAGCACAGGGGACCCCAUGCAGCACAAACGCUCCAAACUCAAACCAGAUGAGGAGCCGCCCAGCCCUGGAGCCAUUUGCAUGCAGGAGCAAAUUGAUGGAAGGACGCUGGUGAAAGAGGAAGGUGAUAAAGAGGAGGGCAAGCAGGAGCCAGAGGUGGUGUAUGAGACCAACUGCCACUGGGAAGGUUGCUGCAGGGAGUUUGACACCCAAGAGCAGCUUGUGCAUCACAUAAAUAAUGAUCACAUCCAUGGAGAAAAGAAGGAGUUUGUGUGUCGCUGGGAGGAAUGUUCAAGAGAGCAGAAACCUUUUAAGGCCCAGUACAUGCUGGUAGUGCACAUGCGCAGACAUACAGGAGAAAAGCCUCAUAAAUGCACGUUUGAAGGCUGUUCAAAGGCCUACUCCAGACUAGAAAACCUGAAGACACAUUUGCGUUCACACACAGGAGAGAAACCCUAUGUGUGUGAACAUGAAGGCUGCAACAAAGCCUUUUCCAAUGCAUCAGACCGAGCCAAACACCAGAAUCGCACGCACUCCAAUGAGAAACCCUAUGUGUGUAAAAUCCCUGGUUGCACUAAACGAUACACUGAUCCCAGCUCUUUACGGAAACAUGUUAAGACUGUACAUGGUCCUGAAGCACAUGUUACCAAGAAACAGCGUGGGGAUACAUACCCUCGUCCCCCACCUCAGCCCAGAGAACCUGAAGGUAAUGGAGAAGGUCAGUCACCAGGACAGCUGCCUCUCAGAGCGAUCACUGACCAAAGGGAGUAUAAUCUUGCUACCUUGAAACAGGACGAAUGUCUACAAGUCAAGUCAAUCAAAACAGAGAAGCCCAUGACGUCUCAGCCAAGCACUGGCGGUCAGUCUUCAUGCAGCAGUGACCAGUCCACCGGCGGCCCCCAUAUCGGCCGUGGAAUCCAGCUUGCUGUAAACAGCAUUGGGCUUGUGGGGGAGGAGGCAGUGAUUGAGGAAAAUGAAGAGAAGGAGGAGGAAGGAGAGGGAGAGGAGGAGGAGGAGGAUUCCCCCAUUAUGGACUCUACAGUAUCCACUGGAACAACCACAGCGGCAACACUAGCUUUGCAGACUCGUCGAAGUGUAGGACGGCCCCUACGCUGGAUGGAGCAUGUUAAGAUGGAGAGGUUAAGGCAGGUGAAUGGAGCUGUGCCUAGGCUAGGACAUAUGUCCCCAACACCGCCCCCUAAAGGCCAGGCCCUGCCUGCCCUCACAGGAAAGGGUUCAUGCCUUGGAAGGAGUAGUUCUGUGGGGGUUCCCCAGCCUCCUCCACGUCCUGAGCCGUCCAACACAGAGCUGACUGUGUUGAAUUUGCUGCGUGAGCGCCGGGACAGCAGUGGCAGCAACACCAGCUCGGCCUACCUGAGCAGCAGUCGUCGAUCCUCUGGCAUCUCCCCCUGCUUCUCCAGCCGCCGUUCAAGCCAGGCCUCACAAACUGAGUACAGCCACCAACGGCAUAUUCACAAUCUCAGUGCCACUGACUCUUAUGACCCUAUCUCCACUGACGCCUCACGACGCUCCAGUGAAGCCAGCCAAUGUGGAGGUGGAGGAAGUUCAGGUGGGAUGGUGUACAGUGGAAGUGAAGGUAUUGGAGGAAGUGGGAUGGGGACAAGAGGUGUUCUGAACUUAACUCCGGCUCAACACUAUCACCUGAAGGCCAAGUAUGCCGCUGCUACAGGUGGGCCUCCUCCCACACCCUUGCCAAACAUGGAGCACAUGAGCCUAAAGACUCGUCUGGCUUUGAUGGAAGAUAAACGGAACUUGAGCCAACUUAAACUACCACCACUGGUCAGGCCACGUCGCUGUAGUGAUGGUAUGCACAACUUACAUGGCAGUCAAGCAGUGUAUCGACGAAGGAGAUUGUACCCUGUUGAAGGUUCAAGGAAUAGUGAUCGAAGAGCCAGUGACCCUGUGCGCACACGGGAUACUAGUGCUUUUGGUUUGCCACAGUUACAGCGUUUCAGCAGUUUAAACAACAUGAAUUCAUUACCCCAUAUUGUUGGUAAUUAUUAUUUAGAUGGAGAAGAUAACAGUCUGUGCUUACAGAACUACAUCUUUCAGAGGAGUCUACACUCACCUUGCCCUCCCAGCAUUGUGGAGCAAUCAGCACUUGAGGACUUGGUAGUGGACCAAGAUGGUCUUCUGUUACAUGUUGAUGAAGAAAUUCUGCCGGAUGACUUGGUGCAGUAUCUUCAUUCCCAAGAUCAAGAAUCGGAUCACAAACAAGGCAACCAUAGCAGUGAUUCCAGUCCCCAUAGAUCCAGUUUUGACCAGGGUACUGCAGAUGUCCAGAACUUCCUCAACCCACAACAGCAACAGGAGGAGUCAGAAGGGGAAAGCAAUAGUAAAGACAUAAUGCCUAUCCAGUGGAAUGAAGUGACCUCUGGUAGUGCUGAUGUUUCUCCUCUUAGGCAGCAGAGGUGUGGAAGUUGGUCAGACCAGAAUGGCAUACUUUUGAAUAAUGAGUUCAUGGAUCAACACUCAACUCUUUGUAGAGAUGGUGUCGAACACAUGGCAGGUAUAAACUACAGAUGCAUACAUCCAGAGCAGCAUCAACAAAUUGCAAAGGCAUCUCAACAACAGCCCAGAAAAAAUCCAGGCAUUAAGAAUGAGUCUUCUUCGACCUCCAAACUGGAGUCAAGGCGCAAAAACUUUGGUCGACCAGACUUCUCUCAUAUAUCUUUGGGCCCCCUCUGUCGUAGCUAUACCCAACAGACAACUAUAUCGCAAAAUAACCUCAAGCAAAAUCAAACAAUAAAACAUCAAAUCAGCAGCAACCUUUUGUUGCAAAGACCAGCUAACUGCAGCUUGUCUCCGGCAACACUACUGCCUCACCAGGCCCAACCUCCUAUGACUCAACUACCUGUCAAUAGUGGCAAUAGAAGCUUAAAUCCCACACAACCCUACUUCAUUCAGCAGGAUAUCAAUGGUCAUAAAGCACAUUCAUGCCAGCAGCAAAGCUUGAGGAAUGGAAAUGGAACCAAUUGCUCUCUUGCAAAUCAGGUUUCAGGACUUAAGCUUGAGGCAGACCUUCAAACCAACACUUCCUCUUCUAUCCAGCGACAAAAGCCUUUGUUUAUUGCUGAGUGUUAUGACACGUCAGAGUCCAAAACUUCAUCUUCUCAUGAAACCGGACAGUCAUAUUUAAUGGAGUCCUUGACAGCUAAGACAGAAACACCUUCUGAGGCCCUUCUGUCCCCUGGGGUUGAUCAAGUGACCAGUACAGUAGAAGAAAGCCUAGAUGUCUUAGAUAAUGUUGGUUUAGAUAUUUGUUCUAUCCUUGAGGAUGGUUAUGAGCAGGGUAGUGUGGUGUCUGACGUUAUCAGUCCCAGUUUUUUCCAGGGUCUGUCUAGAACUUCCUCUCGGCUGACUACUCCCCGUGUUUCAGCUCCAUUUCAUCCAGGCACUAACAACAUGGCUAUUGGUGACAUGAGCUCUCUCCUCACCACCCUCGCAGAAGAGAGCAAAUUUCUGGCUAUUAUGCAGUAAUCUGUGCACUCCCCCUCCAAAAAAUUGUUACGCUAUUAUAGAUAAGACAAAUUUAACAGACUUGUGUAUGUAAUGUAAAGAUGUGGGAUGAGAAAGAAAGUUAUUGCUUUAUAUUUAUUAAAAUAGUUUAUUAGGUGAUGUUGACAAAGAGUUGGUACACAAUCUUAAAUCUGUCUCAUCUUCCUAGAGACAUUGACCAAUAGAACCAUUCCAUUUCUGAAAUAGAGGCUAUUUUAAAAACCCUUCUUUUAUAAUGUUAUAUGAUGAUGGCAGAUGGUGACACUGGUCUUCUUUUCAUCACAUUGAAACAGUAUUCUCUGUGUUGUCGUUGAUAUUUUUAUGUUUUGUUGUACAUUGUUGGUACAAGUGCAUGGUAAUUUUCUUAUUAAGUGUACACAGUGUUCACUAAACUGAGUAGGUUAACUCAUUGUAUUAUGUAUCUUUGUUGUUGAGUGCAUUGCAUUCAAUUGCAUUGUGAAUAUGCACAGACUUAACUGUCAUCAGGUCAAGACAGAGUGGAAUAUCACUCUUAACAGGCCCAAGUGUCAUAUUUUGAUUAUUCUGUCUUUUUAAGUGUCUUAUAUCAGAGAUGUCGCAGUGAUUAUAAUAUAAGUCUUACCAAAUGUUGGUGACCAAUUUUUCCCAACAUGGCAAUUAACAGGGACCACUUUGUUGUGUUAGGGUAUGACAAGUGUAGAGCAAAAUGCUAGAGCUGAUCACUUAAUAUCUUGCUAAUGUUGAUUGUAUGCUUGUAAAUAAAUGUUAAUAUUUUUCUUCAUUUUUUAUAUUGCAAAAAAUUUACAUUUUGCAUUAUCUUGAUCACAUUGUUAAUGACUGGUGUUGCUGUUAAGCAAUGCAUGACAUGACAAAAAAUUUAAAUUGUGGUCAUUUUAGUCAAUUUGUGGUUGUUG